AUGGUCGCCUGUGACAUCCCCACCGCCAGGAAGACCAGUGGAUUCACCGCCCAUAACAGUACUUGUGCAUGUCCCAAAUGUGUUAGACAGUUUACCAGGUUACCCAACACCAAUCAGAUCGACUCCAGUGGGUUUGACUAUUUGACGUGGAAAAUCCGUAGCGGUCUGGAAAACAGGUUGCAUGCUGAGGAGUGGAAGAGUUCCAGUACGCCCUCAGGAAGGCAUCCGGUGGAAAUCGAAAAUUGUGUUCGAUGGUCGCAGCUGCAUCGCCUUGGAUACUUUGAUCUAGUACAUGGAACGAUCCUCGAUCCCAUGCAUAAUUUAUUCCUGUGA